UGUUACGAAUGCACAACCCAGAAGUGUUUGUUAUUGUGUCGGCCAUAAACGAGAAGCAAGGUAGUUUGACACACAAUUUCUCCACAAAAUGCCGCCGACCGUCAACCAAAACCACAGUGUGGACAGAGAUAAACGACCGAGAACUGGAGAAAGAAGAUCUGACCUAGUGAGUAGGGUGAAGUACUGCAACACAUUGCCAGAUAUUCCAUUUGAUCCAAAAUUCAUCAAUUACCCAUUUGAUUCUAAUAGGUAUGUGCGGUAUAAACAAACCUCCUUAGAGAAGAAUUAUCGCUAUGAAGUUCUCACUGAACACGAUCUUGGAGUUACAAUUGACCUGAUUAACCCAGAAGCUUACACGCCUCAGUCCAAUGCACAACUGCAUCCCACAGAUGAGAGGUUGCUGGAAGAUGACAUUCUCACUCCACAGGAUGCUAAACGUUCUCGCCAUCACCAUGUCAAUGUGUCAUGGUUGCGAAGGACAGAGUACAUCUCCACUGAGCCAACAAGAUUCCAGCCUCAGACAAUGGAGAAAAUUGAAGCUACAGUCGGUUUUGCAGCUCGCAGGAGAAAGGCUACUGAUGAGAAUGUAUACACUGACAGAGAGAGUCAGCUGAGAGCAAUUGAGAAGACCUUCCUUGAAGUUAAAGAGCCUCUCAAGCACCACUACAGCAAGCCAGGGGUCACAGCUGUGGAAGAAUUACCAGUAUUCCCAGAUUUCAGCCUUUGGAAGUACCCAUGUGCCCAGGUCAUUUUCGACUCUGACCCUGCUCCUGUGGGUAGACCAAUGCCAGCCCAGCUUGAGGAAAUGUCACAAGCAAUGAUUAGGGGUGUGAUGGAUGAAUCAGGAGAACAGUUUGUGGCCUACUUCCUGCCAACUGAUGAGACCCUAAAGAAGAGAAAACGAGAUGCUGAAGAAAAUGUUGACUACAUGGAUGAAGAUGAGUAUGACUACCUGAUGGCAAGAGAGUACAACUGGAACGUUAAGAACAAGGCCUCAAAGGGCUACGAAGAGAAUUACUUCUUUGUACUUCGUGAUGAUGGGGUUUACUACAACGAGCUUGAAACAAGAGUGCGAUUGAGCAAACGUCGACUGAAGCAAGGUCAGCAGCCUAACAACUCUAGGCUUGUGGUGCGUCAUCGUCCUCUCAUUGCGCAGGAACACAAGACACAGCGGUUUAGGGAACGAAUGCUGGAACCACCUGGUGAAGAUGAGGAAGAAGAAGAAGAGGAAGAGGAAGAGGAGGAAGAGAUGGAGGUGGAAGAGAAUGAUAAAGGUAGUGCCAAGGGGUCUGAUGAUGAGGGCAGUGAUCGCUCAAGGUCAGGCACUCCAAUGAUGGAUAAGGAUGAGCAAGGGAGUCGAUCGGGCUCACGCUCGAGGAGCCGGUCAGGUUCACGUUCACGAAGCCAGUCAAGAAGCAGUUCCAGAAGCAAGUCACGCAGCAAAUCUCGCAGCAAGUCCAGAAGUCAGUCACGCAGCAGAUCCCGCAGUGGUUCAAGAAGCAAGUCAAGAAGUAGGUCAAGGAGCAAGUCAAAGUCAAGGUCUCGCUCUCGCUCUGCCUCAGGGUCCAGAGGAUCCAGAGGAUCCAGGUCUCGCUCUCGCUCCAAGUCCAAAACUCGCUCCCCAUCCCGCUCACCUUCAAGGUCCCCAAGUGCAUCCCCUGCAAGGUCUGAAAGAUCUGCGAAGUCAGCUGCAUCGAGCAGAUCGGCCAAAUCAAACAAGCGGAGUCCAAGCCGAUCCCCAUCACAGCGAGGCUCUCCGGCACGCAGUAGGGCUUCAGGAUCAGGGUCAGGCUCUGACUCAGGCUCUGAUUCAGACUCCUCAGGCUCUGGUUCAGGCUCAGACUCAGACUAGAAGCAAGGUUUGGAGGGACUGUGUGCCUGAGAUCAAGAAUUACAAAUACUUCUUGUUAAGAGGUCUUUGACAGGUUGUUUGAAGUACCUGCUAAAUAAUCUAAAUUGAAGAUCGUCAACAUAGGGAUGCGAAGAAAUGUACAUAAUUUGGUAAAAGCGUUAUUCUUUAUUAAAGUACAGUGCAACAAUAGAUUUAAUAUUUUAUGUCUUGGUCAACAAGAACUAAGAGGUAGCAGAUAGCAGAAACUAUUUUAAAUUGUGUUGACUGUGAAGACCUAAAUACUCAAGGUUAUACUUGAGAUGAAAUUUUUAAAGGUGUCAGAUAUUUAUUUAAGGAAAUGAGGCAAUUCAUACACUAUGUAUGUAUGUAUGGCAGUAAAACAGAAUAAAGAUUAUAUAGUCUUUCAAUUUUCAUGGCUUGAUAUUGACCUGUAAUAUCUUGUGAAAUUGAAUGUUUGUGGAAAUAAUAUAAUUGCUACUAAAUGUC